GGAGAGGGCGUGGCUACGGCGGGCCGCGACGUGCGUUGGCGAUCCCGAGAGCAGAAAGAAGGGCCAGGACUGCGCCGUUGGUUCUGUUCCUUUGCGCCAAAUCCGUGUGGCUUUUCCUCUUAGUCUCUGUCCCGAGUCCCCAGUGUGGGGCUCCCGCGUCAGCCUUCCCUUUAAGCUCGCGGGUGGUGGGUGCUACCCCUCGCAGGAGUGAGGGGCGCGCCCCUUCUGGGCCCUGCGGACCCCCGAGCCUCCAUGGGCCGGACCCGGAAGGCCAAUGUGUGCCGCAGGCUGAGUCGCCGGGCUCUGGGCUUCUACGCACGCGACGCGGGCGUGGUGCAGAGGACGAACCUGGGCAUCCUGCGGGCGCUGGUGUGCCAGGAGAGUACUAAGUUUAAGAAUGUUUGGACAACUCAUUCCAAGUCACCUAUAGCCUAUGAGAGAGGAAGAAUAUAUUUUGACAAUUACCGGUGCUGUGUCAGCAGUGUUGCAUCAGAGCCAAGAAAACUUUAUGAAAUGCCAAAAUGUUCCAAAUCAGAAAAAAUUGAGGAUGCUUUAUUAUGGGAAUGCCCAGUGGGAGAAAUACUUCCUGACCCAUCAGACUAUAAAUCCUCACUCAUAGCACUGACUGCUCAUAAUUGGCUGCUUCGUAUAUCAGCAACUACAGGGGAAAUCCUGGAGAAAAUAUACCUUGCUUCCUAUUGCAAAUUCAGGUACCUGAGCUGGGACACCCCUCAAGAGGUCAUUGCAGUGAAGUCAGCUCAGAACAAAGGCUCGGCAGCGGCUCGCCAGGCAGGCACUCAGCCACCUGUUUUGUUAUACCUUGCAGUGUUCCGGGUUCUGCCCUUUUCCCUUGUAGGGAUUCUAGAGAUCAACAAAAAGGUUUUCGAGAAUGUCACAGAUGCUACCUUGUCACAUGGAAUCCUGAUCGUGAUGUACAGCUCAGGACUAGUCAGGCUCUACAGCUUCCAAGCCAUCAUUGAACAGUUCAUGCAACAGAAACUUGACUUAGGGUGUGCAUACAGUCAGGGCGGGACUACUGGGACUGUAGGAGAGGCUCCUUUUGGCAUUCCUUGUAAUGUUAAAAUCACAGAUUCACCACCUCCACUCUUUGAAGUUUCAUCCCUGGAGAAUGCAUUUCAGAUUGGAGGCCAUCCUUGGCACUACAUCAUCACGCCUAAUAAGAAGAAACAAAAAGGAGUUUUCCAUAUUUGUGCCCUAAAAGAUAAUUCCUUGGCAAAAAAUGGAGUCCAGGAAAUGGAGUGUUGCUCAUUAGAAUCUGACUGGAUCUAUUUCCACCCUGAUGCUUCUGGGAGAAUAAUACACGUUGGCCCAAAUCAAGUCAAAGUCUUGAAGCUAAGUGAGGUAGAAAAUAAUAGUUCUCAGCAUCAGAUCUCUGAAGAUUUUGUCAUUUGGGCCAAUAGAGAAGACAGAAAGGAAAACUUGAUCACAGUCACAGCUUCUGGACGUGUGGUGAAAAGAAAUGUCAGCCUUCUCGAUGACGACCCAGAGCAGGAGACUUUCAAAAUCGUGGACUAUGAAGAUGAGUUGGACUUGCUUUCUGUAGUGGCGGUCACUCAGAUAGACGCUGAAGGGAAAGCUCACCUGGAUCUCCACUGUAAUGAGUAUGGAGCCUUACUCAAGAGCAUCCCACUAGUGGAGUCGUGGGAUGUGACAUAUAGCCAUGAAGUCUACUUUGACAGAGAUUUGGUGCUGCACAUCGAACAGAAGCCCAACAGGGUCUUCAGCUGCUAUGUUUACCAGAUGGUCUGUGAUCCUGGAGAAGAAGAGGAAACUGUCGACAGAAGUGGUUAAGACUGUGAAUCCUGUACCUUGAGACACUGGUAAAGCCUCAGUCAACUGUAACUAGUCCUCAUUAUCUGCAUGGAACAUUCUUCAGGAUUUUCCAGAACAGGUCUUCUGCUAGCUUCAAAGGACUAGGUUGAACGCUUACCACAUAUGGUGGUAAGGACUCCAUCUUAUGUAAAUGCUCUCUAGGAUGCUGUCCCAAGAGACCCAGCAUUUUUGAAACUUUUCGAUUAGGUGCUAAUGUGAAUAUAAAGUGCUAGGGAACAGAGGACAGUUAUCUAGGUGUCAAAGAGACAUCAUUGAUGCAGGGACAAUUAAAGUAAUUCUUAAAGACUACUAUAAAGUUUUAAUUAGUAAAGCUAAGAGAGAGAAACAAAAAUAAAAAUAUUAAAUAUAGAAGCCAGGUAUGGUGGCACACACAUGUAAUCUCAGUGCAUGGCAGAUAGAGCAGAAAGAGGAGUUCAAAGCCAGUGCUAUAUAGCUAGUUAGCUAUAUAGCAAAUUCAAGGCCAGCUUGGUCUCCAUGAGACCUGUUCUAAAGAUGUCAACAAAAAGAUAAAGAAGUCCUAUGUACUUUAUACCAAACUUUGAUUAAGGAUUAGAAGUAGGAUUUGUAAUGUAAAAUCAUACUUUUGAGCCAAGAUUCACCACAGCUUCUUUGUAAACAAAAACAAACAAACAAAAAAAAGAUACCAAUUCUAGUUUUCAAAUCAUCAUUUCUUAUGUGGUCUUAUUCUCAUGCCUUGAUGUUCUCAUUGACUAUAGCCUGUUUGUGUGUGUAUAAAUACCAGUGCACUUGACUUUGUUUCUGAAGACAUAUUUGCAUGUUUAUGUGUAUGCUGGUGUGCACAUAUUUACAGGUGUGCCUGCUUAUGUGUGUGCAUUUGGAGAUCAGAAGUCAACCAGUGGUGUGCUCAAGAACCAUGUGUUUUCAGAUAGGGUCUCACUAAGGCCUGCAGCUUACUGAUAUUGCUGGCCUGGUUGGCUGGUCAGGGAUGCUCCUGUCUCUUUCCCAGCACUGGGAUUAAAGGCAUACAUACUAUCAUGCCCAAAUAUGUACAUGGGCGCUGGGCAUCAAACUCAGACUUUCAUGCUUAUGUAGCAAGGACUUUACUAACUGAGCCAUCUCCCUAGCAUCUGUGUUAUGAAAGAUUGCAGGCAAAUUUCAAAUGAAAACUUUUCCUCAUUUGUACCUGUUUACCUUUUAAUACAGCUAAACAUACAAGCUAAGAUGUUUGUCUUAUUUUCUAUUCUAUUUACUGACUGAUUCUGUUUGUUGAUAUUUCAUAUGUAUGCAAGAACAUAAAGGGGCAUCUGUUAGGCCCCUCUGUGCAUUGCUGGCCCCUGGUGGCCUCUUCCUUGUAGCACAAUUGAAACCAAGAGGAGUUCUUUCCCGCCUGGGAAUCACCUUAUUUGCCAGAGGAAGAUUUUGAUUGUUCAUGAAAGGAAUGUUUUUCUUCUAUGUUAGAACAGAUUUAAACAUGACACUUGAAUUCCAGUAAUUACCUUCAGAAUGUUAGUUAAAAACAACCUACGUAUAGGGAGAAACUGUUCCAGUCCCUGUCUGAGAAACCCAGCUGCUCAGAAUCUACACAGUUACCUCAUUUUCCCAAGUCAUCCUCCAAAGAGUAACUAAAUCAAGAAAAGAACAGGCAGAGCAAGUAGUUCACACUGUAAUCCAAGCACUCAGGGAGCUGCAACAGGAGGACUGCUGCAAGUUUAAGGCCAGCUUGUACUAUGUAGCAAAACCUUGCUUUAAACAAAACAAAACCCUUGAUCCCAAAGGCAGAGGCAGGACAAUCAAAAAUAUUCUGUGUCAGCUUGGCAUGUGAUGAGUUCAGAGCCAGCCUGGACAGCAUGAGACUCUGUCUUAAUAAAGCAUAUAAGAAGAGCAACAAACCAUAUUUGAUUCAAGUUUAAGGUUAAAAUAUGGAAUUUUAACUUAGAAGAUUUAUAUUAAAAAUCUCUCCAUUUUUGUCCUGACCCCAUGUUAAGAAUGGUGUAAAUUCCAAGCCAGUAGGUGGUGGCGCACACCUUUAAUCCCAGCGUUUGGUAGGCAAAGACAGGUGGAUCUCUGAGUUCGAGGCCACCCUGGUCUUCAGAGAGUUCCAGGACAGCCAGGGCUACAGAGAAACCCUGUCUGGGGUCAGGUAGGGGUGGGGAAUGGCUUGAAUUCUCCAGGCAGCCCUUGAGAACCUGCAAAGAGGUUUCAUGAUCAGCAGGAGUAAGGAGAAAGGUGUUGGCUGUUUAAAACUCAAAGAACUAGUAACUAGUCUGUCUAUUAAAUCAAGAAAUAAAGGAAUCCUAAAGUCAUCUUUUUGUGCCAAGAAAAAUAUUACAGGUUGAAUAUUUGUUAUAUAAGAAGCCUAGCACCAAAAGUGUUUUAUAACUUAAGUUUUCCCUGAUUUUAGGAUAUUUGUGGGUACAUUAUAAAAUCUUGAGGAUGGGUCCAAGGUCUAAGCAUAAAAUUCGUUUUAUGUUUUAUUUGUGUCUUGUGUAUGUAACCUGAAGGUGCUUUUAUGCGGUAUUUUAAGUGCAUCUAUCUGUGUUUUAACUGUGUCCCAGCACAUUAGAUCAGGCGUUGAAUUUUGUACUCAUGAUAUCAUAUCAUGAUGCACAUAGAAAUAAUCUCAUGAGCAAGAUAAUAACAUGCUAAAGCCUAAUACUCACAUCUAGAGAUUGAAGAAUUCAGUUUUGGUUUAUGAUACUUAACUCUCCUAGAGCACUUUAGAGACAGCAUUGUAAUUAGAGAGCAGUUAGUAGUGACAGUGCCCUAUCUGACAUUUGCACCUUAGAAUUUGUUUUUGCUUUGUUGUUUGGAUGGUUUUUGUCUGGUUAGUUUGUUUUCUGGUGUGUGUGUGUGUUUAGAUAAGGCCUUACUAUGUAGCCCUGACUACCUUGCUACACUAUAUAUAGCAAACUAGCCUCAAACUCACAGAACUCUGCCUGCUUCCACCGUUCAUUGCUGGGAUGCACACCAUGCCUGACCCAUUGAACAACAGGCUUGCACAACAUGAGUGGAAAACAAAUCCAAGAGCAGCAGCAGAGAGAAGAAGGGUGGUGCUGUGGGGUUUAGCUUGGAGGUCCAUUUGCUCUGUACUUUGAGAGCAUUUGGAGCAGGGUGUCUUUAGACUUCAGUCUUGGCAAAGAAUCUUUUUAAGGUGGUAAUUGAAUUUUUCUCCUUUGUCAUUGCUAUGUGUAUGUAUGUACAUGUGUGAUAAUAGAAACUCAUAUUCAGAAAGGCUGUUGAGAUAUUUCUUAGAUAUAUGGUGAGAAAAAAGAAUGGGCUACUUCUAGUCUAACUAUAAUGUGACCACAAGGAAAUCCCUAGUGUGAGCUGAGCCUGAUGGCUCAUAUUUGAAAUCCUAGCAACUGGGAGGCUGAAGCAGGGGGGUUGCCACAAAUUGGGUUGCAAGCUACACAGCCACUUGUAAACCCAGCUCCAUCCAAGAGAUCUGACACUCACUUAUGGCCUCCACAAACACCCAUACAUGCAUAUGUUCACACAUGCACACAAAUACAUAUAAAUAUAUACAAUACACAACAGAGAGAGAGAGAGCGCUGUGCCCAGCUAACAGGCUAAGCUACAGACCUGUACAGAGCUGUUUAAUUUUGGCCAGCUGUGGCAAUUUAUGGGAAUGUAGACCACAUGAUUGAUUAAAAAAAAAAAUGUUGAAAGAUGCUGAAGACAGAAAAAAAUGGAGAAAAUUUAGAUUCUGUUCAUACCAAGAAGAUGAGCUGGGAAUGUAGCUUAGUGGUAGAGCGCUUGGCUGUUGUACAUGAGGCUCUAGGUUCAGUUUCCAGUGCUGGAAUAACAGCAACAGCAAUAACAAAGACAACACAUGCUUUGCCAAAGCUGUGGGGUGUCUAGUGUCUGCUGCUGCUCACUCAGAAGUAGGGUUGCUUGUCUCAGCAAGUACAGACACUAAAGUGAAGAGAGUUCUGCAUUCUCAGAGUGACACAGCCGGCUUAUUCUACAGUACUUAUCACAACUCUGGGAGAAACAGAAAGCAAACCCUGUCACUGCUGCUGUCGAACUAACAAGUGAGGAAAUGAUUUUAUUUUGUUUAAAUAAAGAUAUUCCAUGGUUUUCUA